AUGAUCUCGCAACCUGCUGCCACCACGGCUCUGUCCGCGCCGGGCAAGGUGCUCCUCACCGGGGGCUACCUCGUGCUAGACCGCAAUUACACGGGCACCGUGUUUGCGCUUGACUCCAGAAUCCAUAUCAUUGUGCAACAACUCAGGAGGGAUCAUCGGCCAACGGCGUCCUCUAGCUCAGGAAAACGCACGAGUGACUCACCAGCGGAAUCGGCGGAGGACGGAGCGGCUGCGGAGGAGAAGAAAGACAGCAUUGUUGUUCGGUCGCCGCAAUUUGUAGAUGCGGUGUGGGAGUACGACAUUCAGCCAUGCGAGAACAAGGGUGGAAUCAGAGUCAUCCAGAAGAAUGAUGGAAAACGCAAUCCAUUCGUGGAGACCUCUCUCAACUACGCCUUAACCUACAUCAGCUAUGUCGCCGACUCCAAGGACUUUGGGUCUCUCUCCGUCACGAUCCUCGCAGAUAAUGACUACUAUUCGGAAACCGCCUUCUCCAAGACCUCGUCCUCGGGCAGAUUCGUCAACUUUGGCGUCCCUCUCCACGAGGCACACAAGACCGGACUAGGCUCCUCCGCCGCGCUGGUGACCUCCCUUGUUUCAGCUCUGGUCAUCCACCGCACGAUGCAGCCCGACGACCUGGGUGCAGCCCGUGACAAACUCCACAACCUCGCGCAAGCCGCCCACUGCGCCGCCCAAGGCAAAGUCGGCUCCGGCUUCGACGUGGCCGCCGCCAUCUAUGGAUCUUGUCUGUACCGGCGAUUCUCCCCCAGCAUUCUGGAAUCGAUCGGCGACGCCGGUUCGCCAGGUUUCGAAGAGCGGCUGUUCGCCAUCGUUGAGGAUGUCGACCCCAACCACCCAUGGGACACGGAGUGUCUGGAUUUUGGCAUGCAGCUUCCCCGCGGCAUGCAGAUGGUGCUGUGCGACGUGGAAUGCGGGUCCCAGACCCCGUCGAUGGUUAAGAAGGUCCUCGAAUGGCGCAAACAGAACAAGCAAGAGGCCGAUCUCCUCUGGGCAGCCCUCCAGUCGAACAACGAGCGGCUGUGUCUGGAGCUGCGCCAGCUGGCCCAGAACCCGGAGCGCGACCCGCAGAAUGACUUUGGUGACGUCCGCAACCUCAUCCAGCGCUCGCGCAACCACAUCCGCAGUAUGACCCGCAAGACCGAGGUGCCUAUCGAGCCUCGCGUGCAGACCGAGCUGUUGGAUGCGCUGUCGGAAGUUGACGGUGUGAUUGGCGGGGUGGUCCCGGGUGCGGGUGGCUAUGACGCUAUCGCUGUGCUUAUUCGGGAUGACCCCGAGGUGAUCCGCCGCAUGAACGAGCUCUUUGAGAACUGGGAGAGUAAGGUCGAGGACGACUUUGGCGGGAAGAUUGGUAAGGUCCGGCUCCUUGGGGUGCGUCAUGGCUCGGAAGGAGUGCGCAAUGAGGUGCUGGAGCAGUAUGCGGGUUGGAUAUAG